AUGUCAAAUGAAAGCUUCUUUCAUGUUUUAUGUUUCCUUUUUCAACUUGUCUCUCGUGGACACUUUAUUCAUGAUGAUGAUGACGAUGAUGGACAAUUGACAUCAUCUCAUAAAGCCAACAGUUUCAGGCCUGUGACAAAGGAUGAGUUUUAUUACAAUUGUUACUACACGUUAAAACCAUUCACGUUUAAACCAAAAAACACGUCUUAUCGGUUUGAAAAUUCUUGCAAGACUGAUUUCAAUCAGGAGCUUCUGUUUUUGUUGAUUUCUCAUGGUGAGGGUGGGAAAAAUAUGACGAUAGAAAGCAGAAAAGCAAGGGUGACGACUACAAAUGAACAGUUACGCAUCAAGUAUCGAUCGAGUUGUCCGAAAUAA